AUGGUCGGCCCUGUGACUUACGAUGGCUUUGUUGACUAUAUGCGAUCGGUCGGCAAGGCAAAACACAAAAGGGUCGAUCGAGUUCUUUUCCAUGAUCCUCCACCCGACUACUGGACUGGUGCUCGACUAUAUCGACUUCAGGAAACGGUUCGUAAGACCGAUGACUGGCUGGACUCACUAAAUUGGGACGAGCAUCCUCUUCCUUCUAUCCUGGAGGAUGUUUGGGAUUACCAAUGGCACGACGAUCCCGAAGAUGGCCUUGGCUGGACUAGAUCGCUCCAGAGCUAUAUGGCUCGACACGGUCAUCCGGUUGACCAAUGGGAUGUCCCGAUCCGCGAAGGCGAUCCGAUCUCCGUGGUUCAAAUAGACGCCGCGGCGCGGUCAUUCGUUCACCAAUGGAUCGCUGGGUCUCGCCUCUUCACCGAGGAUCAAGAUACGACCGGUUCCUUUACUCCAAGUCGAGCCAUGUCUCCCGUCUCCUCCAGAUCGAAUAGUCCUGAGCCUUCAGAGAUGGACUUCAAAUCUCUGACCAAGCUGGGAAUCGAAGAAGCGGCUCUUCUUCCUCCAAACGGAGUCGAUCCCGACUCCAAUCCCGAGUUCUUAGGUGACGGAACUUUGUAUAAGGCCGAACUUCGCUGCGCAAAAUGCCUUAAGAGCCGAGGAAAAACCACAAUCCCGUGCUUCGUCCGGGAUGGACUGACUGCAUGUGCCGAAUGCAACCGCAAAAGAGUCGGUUGCAGCUUCGUUAAGGACCACCCGACUGCUAGUCGAUCGAGGACUAGAAAGAAUCUACCCAGAAGAAUCUCUCCUGAGAUCGGCUUGCCCGGGGACGAAGAGUUCGAGGAAUGGAGUGGGCUGGAAGAGGAACGAUCCGUCCAAGUCGAUCGAUCUUCCUCCGAGGAGAUUGAUGAAGACGUCAGAAUGACUGACGAAGAAUCGGACAAGAUCGAGGACAGUGAAGACAGCGAAGGGGAAGGGAAGACGAAGAAGAAAAGGAGGAGGAGGAUGAAGAGGUCGAGGAGGAGGAGGACGAGGUUAAGGUUGAGAGACAGCAAAAGAACACUUAAGCAUGCAAAGUCAGGGGUUCAAUUCUGGGAAUGGCAGAUUAUUUGGGCGACAUUUUGCAUCUGGGAUGCCUGUUAUGACAUAGCCCAACACAGCCGAAUCAUGAGAGAAGUCCCCCGAGAACCCCCUCGCAAGCGGCUCAGGACUUCUCCUGAGGUUGAGCUGCCCAGCCCUCUGAUCGGUCCUUCUCCUUUGACGGGCUUGUCCCACCUCGGUCCUCCCUCGACUGAAGCGUCAAGCUUCCCUUCGCCUCUCUCUUCGGCUCUUCGACCGGUCGAAGCUGGACCCGGGCCUUCCUCUGCAACCACUCACAUGCAACGGGUGAUUGAGUCUCAAGGCCGCACUCUGAACGAUCAAGCCGGUUUAAUCACCGCUCUUCAAUUGGAGCUUGAUCAACAGCGAUCAGCGUAUACGGCGCUCCAGGCUCAAGUAACGUCCUUGGAAGCGCAGAAUCAAUCGCUCCAGUAUCAACUCGGUCGUACUCAGGCUUCGAGUUCUUCAACCGGCAAGGGAGUUAGCGGUAAGGGGAAAGAUCGUGCCUUCUGA